AUGGGGUUGGGAAGUGUCUCCGAGUUUUGCUACAACUUGACAGAAUCAUAUCUUAGUAUAAAGAACAACACUGAGAUAAUAAGCGAGACGCAAAAUGCAAUCAGAUUGACUAGACGCUAUCUAUUGGAGGAUAUCUUCACUUUAUGGAAUCCACUUAACUCUGAGAUAUCAUUUUCGUACAAUGGGGGGAAGGAUUGUCAGGUAUUACUGCUCAUUUACUUGGGCUGUCUGUGGGAGUUCUUUCAAAUGCAUACGAGGGCAUCACAGUUUGACGCUAAAUACCACCAAUUUCCAUCAGAAAGGCUACCGGCUGUGUUUAUUGAUCAGGAUGAGAUAUUUCCCACGUUAGAGCAGUUUGUCACCGAUACAGUUGAUAGGUAUUUCCUAUCGCUGUAUGAGUCUCUACGAGAUGGUGGCAAAUCAGCCGAUAUGUCAGAAGCAUUCCGGCAAUUUUUGAAGAUGAACCCUGAAACCAAAGGAAUUGUUAUUGGAAUUCGACACACAGAUCCAUUUGCACAAAACCUAUUGCCUAUCCAAAGAACGGAUCCCGAUUGGCCUGACUUCAUGCGAUUGCAACCUUUAUUACACUGGAAACUUGCCAAUAUCUGGAGUUUUCUACUUUAUUCUGGUGAACCAACAUGUGGACUAUACAAGCUUGGAUUCACUUCUAUAGGGAAUAUCAAUGAGACGAACCCGAAUCCGUAUUUAAAAGCCACUGAGCACACAGUCGACGACUGUAAAUUUCAAUGGGAAAUUGAAAAUGCAUACAACAAAUCUUGCAGUUCAAUAAGCUGCUCCGCUCUUCAUGGGGAUGAUAUAGAACGAGCACAGAAGCUCGACGACGAUUAUUUCCCAGGAUGGUUUUUGACUGACGAUUCACUGGAAAGGGCAGGAAGAAUAAAACGCAAACCCCCAAACAAUUAG